AAAAAACCUUCUAAACAUUGCUUUAACAGCAGUCACAUAGGCUUUUUAUUCAUGAAAUACAUCAUUGUUAUUCAUAAUUUCUUUCAGAAUGUACCCUGACCACUUCUUAGUGUAUGCUGUGACCUUUCUGCUCCUGUUUCCUGGGUUUUAUUCCACCAUGGCUGUGACGACCUUGCAGAGUUUUCGUGGCUGUGCAGUACGUGAUUUUGCUUUCUUGGCAAAGAAGCCAGGAUGCAGGAGUCUGCGAAUAAACACUGAGGCAUGCUGGGGCCGCUGCCACACCUGGGAGAGGCCAGUUCCAGAGCCACCGUAUAUCCAGAGGCACCACCGUGUCUGUACCUACAGCCGAACACGGCACCUGACAGCACGUUUACCAGGCUGUCGCCCUGGCGUCUCCCCAAUCUAUCAUUACCCUCAGGCCUUACAGUGUGACUGCACCUACUGCUCCACAAACCACACAGAGUGUGAAACCUUUUAAGGGCACACACACAUACACACAACUCAUUCAUACACAUUCUCUUCUUUGCUUAUUAUGUAAAAAAAAUAUUCAUUUAUGUCAAAUAUUGUUAUGCAUUAGAUGUCACAAAACAUAUGUCACAAUAAAACAUACCCAGAAAACAUCAUAUACUCCUUUAUUUCGAACGAUUAGACAGAUUUUGUGCAAACAUCACCUUAUAAAUAUAUAUUACGUGAGAUACAUUCUUUAUGUCAUUAGGUGGCACAGACAUUAGAAAAGUGAUUUAUAUUUGAAUUAGAGAGUAUCUGAUGCUAUUUGCCUUUGUUUUAUAUUGUAUUGCUUUAUGUAGUCAUUUGCUUUCUGACUUUACACCACAUUUGAGAACAUUUCACUCAUGCUGUUUCAAACUGUGUCAUCUUAGAACUUUAGAUACAAGUUAAAAAGAAAAGGAGAUUAUUUUAUUAAACUGAUUUGUUUGAAAUGUUUUUGAAAGAAAAUCUCUUAAGCUCACCAGGGCAGCAGUAAGUAGAAACAGUAAUAUUGUAAAAUAUUACAAUUUUAAAUCAAAAUUUUAAAUAUAUUUUAAAAUGUCAUUUAUUUCUGUGACGACAAAACUGAAUUUUCAGCAGACU